AUGGACAGCUCGCAAGUCAAGGACGAGCCGUUUCCGGCGCCGUCCAAAAGGGCAAUGGGAACAAUUGACGGCGUCGAAACCGAAGCUACAUCCAUUUUCUUCUCUGACAAAAUCAUGGUCACACUUUCACAACACGGCCGUUUGUCGCAAUGGAUCCAAGUACCACUUUCAGCCCCUUCGCCUGCGUCCAUAGAAAUGGCACUGCCCAAUGCUAGCCUAUUGCCCAUGGCUCAUCUUACUCCAAAAACGCUCUUUGGUGGAGGAGGCGAAGAGCGAGAAUCGUUUGGCCAGCUCAAUGCGGUCCAGAUUGGGAGUCUUAUCGCCAGGAAGAACCCAGAGGAGCAACGGACUCUACUUGUCGGCCUUGGUCUUCUGAAGGCGAAGCUAGACCGCGAAGCAUUCUUUGAUCUAAUUGAACUUAUUCAGAAGGUUCUAUGA